CGCACCAACGGAAGGUUGAUAUUCUACAUUUUUGGACCAAUGUUAUGUUUAUCACGUUUACGGAAUCUCAUGCUUAAAUUGCCACUGAUAUAAAAUAUUAAAUCUGAAAUUUUAGAAAAGGCCGUUUGGCGGCAUUAUGAGUGAGCCGGUUGCAAUGAAGAUUGGGGUAAAUGUUGACAUUCAAAGAACUGAUGGCCGAAUUCAUUCAGCGGUUAUCAGUGGUAUCAAUAAAGAUACUAAGAGUGUCACAGUUGAAUGGUAUGAGAAAGGCGAAACAAAAGGAAAAGAGAUCGAGAUGGAUGCUAUUACUUCAUUAAAUCCACACUUAAUUGCUCCAGGCCCAGAAGACUUUCCAUCUGAAGUGAAAGGCUCAUCAAAGAUCCCCACAAAACACAGUAGGCAAGAAGAAGCCAUGGAUGAAGAUGAUGAUCCUCCUAGCAGUGCCAGUUCUGGUUGUUAUCUCAAUGGGAAUGCUGAAAAUAUUCCCGAGCAUAAAUCACAGGGCAGGCGGCUUGGUAGGCGAAGUGUUGCUAGCAGACAGGGGGAAAAGAGAAGCAUGGCACCACCUCCUGAUCCUCCUCGAGCAGGCACUAAAGCUCCAUCCGCAAGAUCUCGUCCAAGUUAUGCUGUACCUCCUAAAUCUAAUCCAUCAUCACAACAAAAUGGCCAAUCAGAGCCUGCACCGGCUCAAUCAGACUCGCGCAAAUCACUUGUUCCAACUUCUAAUAAUGCAGCAAGGAGGAAGUCCAAUUGUGUUAAGGAAGUAGAAAAAAUAAAGCAGAAGCGUGAGGACCGUAGGGCUGCACAUCUAGCCAUUAAAGAGCAGUACGAGAGUCACUUUGAUACAAGUGAUCCAAACUGGGAGUUUUUAGCCAUGAUCAAAGAUUUUCGCAAUAACCUUGAGUAUCGUCCUAUCACAUCAUCUGACCCAAUAGAUAAUCAUCAAAUUUGCGUUUGUGUCAGAAAAAGGCCGCUCAGUAAAAAAGAGAUAGCAAGGAAUGAAGCAGAUGUGAUAACAGUUCCCAACAAAGAAAAUGUGAUUGUACAUGAACCAAAGCUUAAGGUGGACCUUACCAAGUACUUAGAAAAUCAGCAGUUUAGAUUUGACUAUGCCUUUGACGAAAAUGCUACUAAUGACAUCGUUUACAGAUACACUGCUCAGCCUUUGGUUGAGUGCAUAUUUGAGGGUGGAAUGGCCACUUGUUUUGCCUACGGACAGACUGGCAGUGGAAAAACUCAUACUAUGGGGGGAGACUUUUAUAGCAAAGGCCAACAGGACUGUUCAAAAGGAAUAUAUCUAUUAGCUGCUAAAGAUGUUUUCAAGCUGCUGAAUUCCAAAUACAAAAAGCUGGAUCUUGUAGUUGGAGCAAGUUUUUUUGAAAUCUACAGUGGAAAAGUUUUUGAUCUUUUGAAUGAGAAGUCCAAGUUGCGGGUACUGGAAGACCAUAAAAACCAGGUACAGGUUGUAGGCCUGAGAGAAGAAAUAGUGACCAAUACUGACCAGGUUCUUCAACUAAUACAGCAUGGAAAUAAUGUCAGGACGUCAGGACAGACUUCUGCUAACCAACAUUCUUCACGCUCUCAUGCAGUCUUCCAGAUUAUUUUAAGGCAAAGAAUUAAAAAUAAAAUUCAUGGAAAAUUUUCCCUAAUAGAUUUAGCAGGAAAUGAAAGAGGAGCUGAUACCUCAAGUUCUGACAGAAAUACAAGAAUGGAGGGAGCUGAGAUAAACAAAAGUCUUUUGGCUCUUAAGGAAUGUAUAAGAGCUCUUGGAAGAAAGGGAGCUCAUCUGCCAUUCAGAGCCAGUAAAUUGACUCAAGUUCUACGAGAUUCUUUUAUUGGUGAUAAAUCACGAACGUGCAUGAUUUCUAUGAUUUCGCCUGGAAUGAGUUGCUGUGAACAUACAUUGAACACAUUACGUUAUGCUGACAGAGUAAAAGAGCUUGGUCCUGGUGGUCCUGUAGAAGGAAAGCCAUCUGAUGUAGGCCAGGACUAUCCAGUGGAUGGUACAUCACCACAAAAUUCUGAUUUAGCUCUCCUCAAAACUUCAAAUGCUGAAGAAGUAACAGAAGAGCUUUUGACAUUCCACCAAGCAUUAAACAAGAUGCAGGAGAUGGAGGAGGUCCUUGUUGACGAGUAUAAAGCUUAUUUAGAGGAAUCUCAAAAAUGGAUUCAAGAAGAUAAAAGACUGGUGAAGAUGACUGAUAAUGUUGAAUAUGAUGUAGAAGAAUUUGCUAAACAGUUGGAUUCUUACUUAGCCAGAAGACAUCAGGCGAUUACUUCCCUUAGAGAAAAAGUUGCCACAUUUCGCCAAGAAAUUCAAGAAGAAGAAACUCUGAGCAAAAAUAUCAAAUGUGCUGGAGUCAACAAGCGCAAGUAAAGAAAUUUGCCAGCCUGAGUAAAUUCAAGUUUUUUGUUCCACCGUUCCUCUACUCUGCCUUAGGUUUACAAAUAUGCAUGGCCAAAUGAGCAAUAGAACUGAGCUCCGCCGCUUGAAGCUAGCACCAUGCUAAAUCUGACAAUUUUGUACUUGUCACAUUGACUAUACAAUCACUUGAUUUGUCCACAAAGAUCUGCUUUGUUUCCUGUCUCUGUUUUUCACUGUGUGCGUGAGAUGUGGCCUGAAAUAAAAGAGUUUGGUGGAUGUACUUACUACUCUUUUGUUUAUACAUGUCAUUAUACAUAGAACAUUCCUGUUUGGGAAAUGUGUAUAUUUAUACUAGAAAGCUCACUGAAGUUCAUCACUUAAGUACAAUAUAAUGGGUUUUUUCUAGAAGUGUUAUUUUCUACUUAAAGCUUUCUAACUUAAUCACACUAGGCUUGCAUAUGUAAUGACUUUUCACUGGCCUGAUAGAAGGGAAGCUAUUAUUAUAUUGAGAAAAUACUUUACAAGUAUUCCUUUAUCUUUUUAGUUGUACAUUAGCUAUCUCAUAAUAAGGUGUAAAUAUGAAGAUGGAAGAUUGUUGAAUGUGUCAUUUGUAGAUAUAAUUUGCAAUGUUUAAAUACAACAUGUGAUUUUUCAUCAUGUCUUACCUUAGCAUUAAUCUGUCAGUUUGUAUGUGAACCAUCUAAUACAAAGGCAUUCAUCUUGUCUGAGUGUUAACCAAACACAAAAAAAAAAUGCUUGGUUUAUCAAAAAGUAACCCAUUGGUCCUAUCUGAUACAUUUGUCUUCUCCAUCUAUAUAGUAAACAAAUAUACAUAAAAGUCAUAGUUGUGGACUACCUAUUGUUUAUACCACGUGU